UGAAAAGCAAGCUGUCGACAAACGAACAACGUCGUUUACCACUGCGGGAGUUGCAGCAAGAGCGGAACAUUGUUUGCUGCUGCAUUAUAAUUCGGGUGAAUUUAUCAAAAAUCCGACGUGAAAAAUUACCUAUAAACGGUGUACUUCGUGGUCGUGUGUGAUAAAGAAUCGUUCGAAAUCCGUACUGGUGCGUUUAAGGUGAAAAAUUUGACAAAAUAUAAUCGAUGUUUCGAUACGAAACGCACGGCGUUUCUCUUGCUUCGGCUGUGGGAAGAUAUUGCGUGUUGUGCUCCCGAUUGGAAUUUAGUCAGGCAGGAAGCGCACGCGGGUAUGAGUUAAAUCGAAGAAGCACCGUGUCAUGAAUGAUGAUGAUGAUUGCCGCUGAAGUGGUACCGAACCCCAUCGGAGUGUAGCGCUGCAGACAGAGUCCUCCUGUCCUCUGCAUGUCAAUGCCCAGCCAAGAAGAGAAGUGAACAGUGAAUAAACACACGGAGAAGAGUGGUCCGGGCCAGAGCAGCUUCAGGGCCUAGUGCGUAAAGCAUACCGGUAUAAAGUGCGUAGUUGAAUAUUGUAUUGGGAAGUGAGAAAGAGGGGUUCAAAACAAGCGAAGAAGAACAGCGCUGAAGCUAUUCGAGGUAUAGUGCAAGGAAGUGGUGGGGGGAGUGUGUGUGAGGAAAGGACAAAGAAAAUUUGUGGAAUAUCCUGCGCCAGCUGAAGGUUCAUUAAUCGGAGACAGUGGAAACGACAAGCAGGGCGAGACGAGGAAGGGCAUAUCCUUAAUAACAAAAAAAAAAAUGGAUACCUCGGACGAUGAUCUUUCCGAGCACUCGCAAGGGGACAAAUCGACCAAAACCCGCUGGACGAAACAUGAGGACGCUGCCCUCAAAUCGCUGGUGGAGCAGUACGGCGAACGGUGGGACGCGAUCGCCAAGUUCCUCAAGGAUCGCACAGACAUCCAGUGCCAGCAGCGUUGGACAAAGGUGGUCAACCCGGAUCUUAUCAAGGGACCCUGGACAAAGGAGGAAGACGACAAGGUCGUUGAGCUGGUUACCAAGUAUGGUCCCAAAAAGUGGACCCUCAUCGCUCGGCACCUCCGGGGUCGCAUCGGUAAGCAAUGUCGGGAGCGGUGGCACAACCACCUAAAUCCGAACAUCAAGAAAACUGCCUGGACCGAGGAGGAAGACACCAUCAUCUACCAGGCACACCUGCAGUGGGGCAAUCAGUGGGCGAAGAUUGCCAAGCUGCUACCCGGCCGUACUGACAAUGCCAUCAAAAACCAUUGGAACUCGACGAUGCGUCGAAAGUACGAAGGACCCGAAGCGACUCGUCGCAAACCCAAAGCGAGCAGUAGUCAUACCCCUCAGAACCAGUCCGGCUCCGGCCAAUCGAACCAAACCAGUUCCCAGCAGUCGCAGAGUGGACAGAACAGUCUGCGAAACAUCAUUUGCAAUAACCGAAAGAAGUCUUCGGUAGACAGUAUGAACGAGGACUCGCUCGACAAGGACGGUGGAACGAUCGCCGUAUCGACGGAGCAGGGUGACUUCCUGAUAUCUCCGAUGCCGAACGCCACCAGCGAGAAGCAGUUCGUCAUUGCACCGCUGUACUCGACCGGAAAGGCCACCUUCGUCAAUGCCAAAGUGAUUGCUAGCAGCAACAACAUCCAUAUUCUCAGCGGUAGCAAUAAUAACAAUAAUAAUAAUAACCACCUCCAGCCGUACACUCCGACCAAUGUGGACUUUAGUGAUCUGCUCAGCGGGAAUGAUGCCGAUGGCAAAGACCGGAAGUUCAAAAUCAACACACCCAGCAUUCUGCGAAGGAAGCGAAAGUUCCGGGACGAGAACGAAAUGAACGACCUUCAACAGCAGCUCAUGUUGGCCCACCAGCAGCAACGUCAGCAGCAACUGCUCCAGGUGACGACAGCGGCCAGUCAGGCUUUGAACACUACUGGUUCGAGUCAACAGCAGCAGCAACAGCAGCACCACCACCACCUUCAUCAUCAUCAUCAACAGCCAGCACGUGACGAGCACCACCCUAACGAAAGGCACCUCAUGUCACCCACCGUCACCCCAAUCAAACCGCUUCCCUUCUCGCCCAGUCAGUUCUUGAACUCACCCAGCUUGAAUGUUUCGUUUGAUCAGCUUCCGGCGAGCACACCGGUCAAGAGGGCUGCCUUUAAAACGAACGACACUAGUCUAUUGAGUACUCCAAUUCCUCUGAGGGAUGCACAAAGUCAGAAAAGAGAUAACGCUGAAGAAGAUGGCAGCAGUAGGGGUCCCAUCAAAACUCCCCUGAAGGAUGGGAAAACCCUUGAGCCUCGAACCCCCACCCCGUUCAAAAACGCUCUAGCGGAGUUUGGCAAGAAACGCUCCGAAGUAUACAUUCCUCCCAGUCCGGCGCGGUUAGGCGAAGACAUUGCGGAAAUCAUGAGUAACGAACAGGCCAAAGAAAACUCCGGCAGCAGCGGGAACGAACCGGACAGUACGCUUACCAACGGUGGUGAUAAACGACCCAGCGAACAGCAGAGGGGCCCCGGCAAGGAACGGUCGCUUCCUGUGGCGCAAUCCCCGCGGGCGAAGAAAAGUGCGUUCUCGCAAAAUUGGGAGAACUCUGACAUGAGCUUCUUCGCGGAAACACCGAGCAAAUCCCUGAUAUCCGACUCGGGUGUGAUCUUUUCCCCGCCAAGCAUCCUCCGGGAUACUCUCAGCGAUUCCGAUCUACUGUUGGAUGGAGGUGGACUGCUGGAACCUUCGAACGCGCCAAAUGUACCCGACAAACCAGCGGAACCGGAACAGAUUCUCGACCCCAAGUGGGAAAAGUGGGCAUGCGGGAAGACCCGCGACCAGCUCUACAUGACCCAGCAGGCCCACAAUUGCCUGAAGAAGACGUCCCUUCAGCCGCGAUCAUUGAAUUUCUACAAGUAGGAAGGAUGUGAUCGUUUGGACGCCAAAAAACAAUCGUCGUACAAUUGAACAGUAAAAGUACAGUUAAGCUAUAGGGAGUUGGAGUGAUGGAUAUGUUGUGUGAAGUGAGAGUGAGUGUAUUUUCCGAGUUUAGGGAACACGAUCAUCGAUUUAUUUUGUAUAGGACUUUCGUACGUAAGGUUUAUAUAGUUUUGGGAUUUGGGUUUGUGACUAACAAUUUAAUAACACGAGCAUGCUCAGCGAUCCAUGUGUACCAGAUAUCAAAGACCGGACAAACAGUGCUAACUGAUUAGUCAGUUUAUUUUUUUCUAUAGCUAUCCAUUCAGUAGAUUAGGUAAAGUUGGUUUAAACUUUGGCACCCUAACAAAAGAUAGAAGCACAUCUUCCUUAAUUCGGUAAUAUAUAUGAAAGUAUAAGUUUUACAACCCGGACAAACCUAUUUUAACAGUUUAGAUGUAAGGAACCCGUUCAGGAAGUGAAAUUUUGUUCUCAUGUUUUUGAAAACAUUUUUACGUUUGUCUAUUUGAAGCAAAAAGUGUAUCAGAUGGAAAUAAAGCAAGUAUAUUUAUUUUUGUACCACCUCAA